GUCAGAGCUCCCGUCUCGAUGGCCCGCCGCGGUGCAUUGUGGGUGCCUGGCGGAGCUAUGGUGGUGCUCUAGGGCCCGGCUGCGCAGGGCAGAGGAGGCCGCGGUGAGUGAAGAUGACGACAGCAGCAAGGCCAACGUUUGAACCUGCAAGAGGAGGAAGAGGAAAAGGUGAAGGAGACUUAAGCCAGCUAUCCAAACAGUAUUCCAGCAGAGAUCUUCCUUCUCAUACUAAAAUCAAAUACAGACAGACCACUCAGGAUGCUCCUGAAGAGGUGCGUAACCGCGAUUUCAGAAGGGAGCUGGAGGAGAGAGAACGAGUUGCUGCAAGAGAAAAGAAUAGAGACAGACCAACCAGAGAACAUACAACAUCAUCAUCUGUGUCUAAGAAGCCUCGGCUAGACCAGAUUCCUGCGGCAAAUCUUGAUGCAGAUGAUCCUCUUACUGAUGAAGAUGAUGAAGAUGAGGACUUGGAAGACAGUGAUGAUGAUGACACUGCAGCUCUUCUGGCUGAGCUGGAAAAAAUCAAGAAAGAACGAGCUGAAGAACAGGCUCGAAAGGAACAAGAGCAAAAGGCCGAAGAAGAAAGAAUUCGGAUGGAGAACAUCCUGAGUGGUAACCCACUGCUGAACCUUACUGGGCCAGCACAGCCUCAGGCAAACUUCAAAGUGAAGAGGAGGUGGGAUGAUGAUGUUGUCUUCAAGAACUGUGCCAAGGGGAUAGACGAAACAAAAAAGGACAAAAGAUUUGUCAAUGACACUCUGCGAUCAGAAUUUCACAAAAAGUUCAUGGAAAAAUAUAUCAAGUAGUACAGUUUUAUGUGCAGUAGCGUGCAAGGACUUGGUAGGUCAUGGUCGUUCCCUCCCUUUCCCUCAGAAUUUAAGGCUGAAUGUUUGGUCAUGGAUUCCCAAAUGCUUUUCCAAGAUCAGCAACAGCUUCAUAAUUAAUAAGUGCUAUGUGUCUGGAGGUUUUAUUCCUGCAUAUUGUUUUCCUUUACAGUUUUAAUUAAACCAGUUUGUGUCUCAUGAAUGUUUUUCUUUCUUCAUGUGUGUUUACUUUUACUGUCCACCUUGUAAGUGGUAGAAGAGAGAACCUGAUUUGCAAUAAAUACUGCUGAUUGUUUAAA